CCGUUUGGGUGAGGGGUCCCCUCGAGGUCGCAGUCGAGGAGGUUGGGACGUGGUGUCUCUGGCCCCGGGAGGACCGGGUCUUGCGGGGCUCUGCCCCUAGAGGCGACCCUGCGGCCCGGUCCGCGGCCCGGGCGGCCUCGGCGGCUCCCUGCCUCGCGGUGGGCUCCCGUCUGGCUCCGCCGGGGCAGCCGCCGCCCUUCCUGAGGCCCUAGGCGUCCCGGGUGGCCCCGGGCUCCCAGCUGUCCCCCUCUCCCUUCCCAAGCCCCGACCGCUGUCGUCUUGGUCACCGCUCCGACAGCGACGCUCGAGCCUGGUCAAUACAGAAGAUUAAGCUCUACAGAAGAAUGCAAUCAAGUGAUGGCUUUUUCUUUAGAGUUUGAAUAUGGAGGCCACGGGAACAGAUGAAGUUGACAAGCUAAAAACUAAAUUUAUAUCUGCUUGGAACAACAUGAAAUAUAGUUGGGUGUUGAAAACAAAGACAUAUUUUAGUAGAAAUUCCCCUGUAUUGUUGCUUGGGAAAUGUUACCAUUUUAAAUAUGAAGAUGAAAAUAAAAUGUUAACUGCAAGGUCAGGAUGCACAAUAGAAGAUCGUGUAAUUGCGGGAAGUGUAGAAGAAUUUCGUAAAGAUUUCAUUUCCAGAAUAUGGCUGACCUACAGGGAAGAAUUUCCUCCAAUCGAAGGCUCCACGCUGACGACAGAUUGCGGCUGGGGCUGCACGCUGAGGACGGGUCAGAUGCUGCUGGCGCAGGGGCUCGUCCUCCACUUCCUCGGCAGAGCUUGGACCUGGCCUGACGCAUUAAACAUUGAAAAUUUGGACUCUGAGUCAUGGACUUCACACACUGUAAAAAAGUUCACUGCAUCCUUCGAAACGUCGCUUUCAGGAGAAAGAGAAAUCAAAACUCCAACCAUUUCUCUGAAGGAAACAAUUGGGAAAUACUCUGAUGACCGCGAAGUGCAAAAUGAGAUUUGUCAUAGGAAAAUCGUUUCUUGGUUUGGCGACUCCCCCUGGGCUCUCUUUGGCUUGCAUCAGCUAAUAGAAUACGGAAAGAAGUCUGGGAAAAAGGCUGGAGACUGGUAUGGACCGGCGGUAGUUGCUCACAUUUUAAGAAAAGCAGUUGAAGAAGCAAGACACCCUGAUUUACAAGGAAUAACUGUUUAUGUUGCACAAGACUGUACAGUUUACAGUUCCGACGUGAUUGACAAACAGCGUGCUUCCGUGACCUCUGGUAAUGCAGAUGACAAGGCUGUUAUUGUUCUAGUUCCUGUGAGGCUUGGUGGAGAAAGGACCAACACCGACUACCUAGAGUUUGUGAAGGGUGUGUUAAGCCUUGAAUAUUGUGUGGGCAUUAUUGGUGGCAAACCUAAGCAGUCCUAUUACUUUGCUGGAUUUCAAGAUGACAGUUUGAUUUACAUGGACCCUCAUUACUGCCAGUCUUUUGUAGAUGUCAGCAUAAAGGAUUUCCCUCUUGAGACAUUCCACUGCCCUUCUCCCAAAAAGAUGUCCUUUCGAAAAAUGGAUCCUAGCUGUACAAUAGGAUUUUACUGUCGAACUGUUCGGGACUUCCAGCGAACUUCUGAAGAAAUCACGAAGAUGCUGAAAAUGUCAUCUAAGGAGAAAUAUCCCUUGUUUACUUUCGUACAUGGACACUCCAGAGACUAUGAUUUUGCAUCUACUACAGCCAACGAAGAGGACUUCUUCUCACAGGAUGAAGAGAGAAGAUUAAAAAGAUUCAGCACAGAGGAGUUCGUUCUGCUAUAGGGACGGUCACUUGCUGAGAACUCAUUUGACAGGAAAGUGAAGAGUAACAAGGACAUUCAAAGCUGCUUUCACUAAUAGACAAAUAUUAUACAUUCUCUUAAAAAAUUUUGGAAAUACAUGAGUUUAAAGAUAGUUUUCUGAAGUAACUGAGUGACUCCUGUGCUCUAAUAACUGCGAGGUGACUCUGGCUGCAUCCGUGUCCCCGAGGCCCGCUGCUGCGCCUCUUCCUGACUGCGAGCCCGCAGCCCCGCAGCUCUGAGCCUCCCACCUGUGUGGCCCGAAGGCUGCGAUUGCCAGGCGCUUGCAAGCCUCGGUGUCUGUCAUGAGCAGGAGGGCAGAGCAGGAGUCUUCAGUGGUCCACGGCGCCCUGCUCUCCAUGGAGCUGGAGGGCUCUUUGGACGUGUCUUAACAAAUAGUACAGUCCUUGAUAGCUGUGACGUGCAUAUAAUUACAUAAGCAGAAUUUUCGCGCUAAGGUGAUCCUUAACAAUACGACUUUAUAAUGGCUCCUUGUUGUGCUGCAGGAACGCGAUCCAUGAGGAGUAAACGUGAAGCGUUAGCUUUUCCACAGAGGUGAAGGUCAUGCUGUUAAGAGUACCUACAUCCAUUCAGAUCAGAUAAACGAAAUAUAAAAUGGUAGUAGUGUUAUUUUCUAUCUCAAAGUUGGAAUUUUAGGGGUCGGGGAGAUGGCUCAGUGGAAUAAGCGCUUCCCUGGCAAGCGCAAGGGCCUGCGUUCAAUGCCCAGUUCCGCAAAAAAAAAAAAAAAAAAAAAAGGAAUUUUAGGAAAAUUCUGCUUAGGUGGUUUUUAAAUCUGCAAAUAAAUACCAAAGAAAACAUUGGUAGAUUCUCCUCUGAUUCUGGGUAAAGCAGAGUACUAAUGUUUAGAAGCUGAGGCCAUUUACAAGGUAAAUCUGCCUUAUGUGUGUUAUGCGCUACUUAAAGGCAAAUUUGUGAUGUAAAAUAUCAAUUAUUAUUGAGCCAGGAUUAUAAAAUAAACACCUGAAUAAAGACAU